CCCUCGUCAUAGCCGUGCUCGGAGGUCCCGCCCAGUCCAAACGAACCUCGGAGACGCGGGUGCGAGACUCCGCUCCCGGUCGACCUUCUUCCACCCCAACUUAUUGCAGAUUCCGUCUCUUCCAUUUCCCCGUUCGUCGUUGCGUCCACGUCUCCCAUCGUCCCUGAUUCAACCUCCCUCUCCCAAUCCCUUUCUUAUCCCCUCUAUUCCUAUUCUCUUUAAAGGUCUUCCUUUAAUCGUUCUGUCACAAUGGCUCCUAUCACGGAAGACAUCGUUACCGGUCUGAAGGACACGAUCGGCAAGCUCGAGAACCGCAUUGAGGACUUGGAGGGCCGUCUCGGCUUUGAGACGAAGCCCAAGUCCGUUGCGGAACAGAUGCGCAUCAUCCUGAUGGGUCCCCCCGGUGCUGGCAAGGGAACCCAGGCGCCGCGCCUGAAGGAGAAGUACUGUGUUUGCCACUUGGCUACCGGUGACAUGCUGCGGUCUCAGGUCGCGAAGAAGACCGAGUUAGGAAAGGAGGCCAAGAAGAUCAUGGACCAGGGAGGUUUGGUCAGCGAUGAGAUCAUGGUCAACAUGAUCCAGAGCGAGCUGAGCAACAACGCUGAGUGCAAGAACGGAUUCAUCCUGGAUGGUUUCCCCCGCACUGUUGCCCAGGCCGAGCGUCUGGACGACAUGCUGGUCGCCCGUCAGCAGAAGCUCCAGCGCGCCAUCGAGCUGCAGAUCGACGACUCUCUCCUGGUGGCUCGCAUUACUGGCCGUCUGGUUCACCCCGCCUCCGGCCGCUCGUACCACAAGAUCUUCAACCCGCCCAAGAGCGACAUGAAGGACGAUGUGACCGGCGAGCCGCUGAUCCAGCGCUCGGACGACAACGCCGAGACCCUCAAGAAGCGUCUGGGUACCUACCACGCCCAGACCACCCCUGUGGUCGACUACUACAAGAAGACCGGUAUCUGGCGCGGCAUCGAUGCCAGCCAGGAGCCCGGCCAGGUGUGGAAGAGCCUGCUCGGUGUUUUCAAGAACUAAAGCAUUCUCUUUUGUUGAGGACGCCACAUCGUGGUGUCCAGUGGCGUAUCGAUAUACCUCGCCGUAUGCCUCGGAUCUCUAUCUGAGAUGGGACAAGAGGACAUGCAUGGUAGGGAGGGCCGGUGGUUUGCGGGUCUACACCUCGUUUUGAAAAGCUUGUCUUUCGCGUCUUGGUGCGGACGCACCUCCCGGCAGGGAUCCGAACGUCAUGUAUAGUAAUAGGUUACUUUUUUUCCUGGAAGCAAAAUACAGCCAAUUAGACGAAUC